CCAGUUUCCACACACCCGUUCCUGAGACACACCCUAUGGUUCCUGAGCCAGUUAGAGCCCGGACUGAGGUAGAAGCAGAGGACAUAUAAAUGUUCAUGAAAACUGAAAGGAAGGAUGUCUUUCUCUGACAUCGGAGGCGGAAGAAAGCACAGACAUUAGAUAUCUUCUGCACUGAAAUACGUGGUUUUCCUCUCAUUUAUGUAGAAGAAAUUUGCAAGGCAAUCUGGUUGUUAUAGUAGAAGUGUUGGUGGCCUGCUGGAAACUACAACAUCACACUGGGAAGUGGGACUCUUUCCAUUUCUUCUUGAGUUAGUUUUGGUCUCAGAAUGGCAGCACAACUAAACCUGCCAGAAAAUACAGAUGACUGGACAAAAGAGGAUGUCAGUCGGUGGUUAGAAAGUCAUAAAAUUGACCAAAAACACAGGCAAAUCUUGACUGCACAAGAUGUGAAUGGAGCCGUCCUGAAGUGGUUAACAAAACAUCACCUCAUUGAUAUGGGCAUAACACAUGGACCAGCUAUCCAAAUAGAACAUUUAUUUAAAGAAUUGCAGAAAGCACCCUCUGAAGAUCCUCAUAAAACAUGUCAGAAGAAAAAAGGCAGUAAAAAUGUUCCUAAAACACAAACUCUGAUGCAAGGGGAAAAUGAAGAAACUUCUAAACAAAAAGAGAAAGAGAAAUCAGAUGUGGCUAAUGCCUCUACGAUGAGCACAGUUACUCAAGUUUCUAAGUCACUAGAAAAUGAGCUCAUGGAAAGGGAAAUAGAUAACACAAAGGGAAAGCAGCCAUCCGUAGAACUGACAUGUGCGGCAUACCCUUUUGAUGAAUUCAGUGACCCAUAUCGCUACAAAAUGAACUUUUGUCUACAGCCUGAAACAGGACCACUCAAUCUCAUUGAUCCAAUACAUGAAUUCAAAGACUUCACGAAUACAAAUAAAGGCACAGAAUUGGAUGCUAAAAUGAAAUUUAGCAAUGAAGUCUUCAAAUUCGCAUCAGCUUGUAUGAAUUCACGGACCAACGGCACCAUUCAUUUUGGAGUCAUAGACAAACCCCAUGGAAAAAUUGUUGGAGUGAGCCUCACCACUGUCACCAAGGAAGCCCUCAUCAACCACUUCAAUCUGAUGAUCCACCAGUAUUUUGAAGACCAUCAGGUCCAAAAAGCAAAGAAGUGCAUUCGAGAGCCAAGAUUUGUAGAAGUUUUACUGCCAAACAGUGUGCCAUCUGACAGAUUUGUUAUUGAAGUGGAUGUCAUUCCGCAAUACUCUGAAUGUGGACAUGAUUAUUUCCAGAUUAAAAUGCAAAAUUGCAACAACAAAAUAUGGGAACAGAGAGAAAAAUUCUCGGUGUUUGUGCGAGAUGGGGCCAGCUCUAAAGACAUCAUGAAAAAUAAUGCAGAUUUCAAAAUAUUUAAAUUAGAUUUAGAAGCACUGGCAGGGCGUAGAAAAGAAGCAGAAGAAAAAUGCAGAGUAAAAACAAAUGAAAAGAACAGUGAGGGGCCAAAGCUUAUUGAAUUGUUAACAGGAAAUCAAGAUUUGUUAGAUAAUUCAUACUAUGACUGGUACAUUCUUGUAACAAAUAAAUGCCAUCCUAAUCAAAUAAAACACUUAGAUUUCAUAAAGGAAAUAAAAUGGUUUGCUGUGUUGGAGUUUGAUCCUGAAUCUGUGAGCAAGGGGAUAGUCAGUGCUUACAAAGAAAGCCGAGUAGUAAACCUACACCUGCCAAGUCUGUACAUAGAGGGGAAAACCACAACAAAUGAGAAGAUUUCUAGUCUGAAUCUUUACGUACAACCCAGCUGGAUUUUCUGCAAUGGCAGAUUAGACCUUGACAGUGAAAAAUAUGAACCCUUAGAUCCAAGUUCCUGGCAAAGAGAAAAAGCAUCUGAAGUCAGGAAACUGAUAUCAUUUCUUACACAUGAAGACAUCAUGCCAAGAGGGAAGUUUUUGGUGGUAUUUCUGUUACUCUCCUCUGUGGAUGACCCAAGAGACCCCCUCAUUGAGACCUUCUGUGCUUUCUAUCAAGAUCUGAAAGGAAUGGAAAAUAUAUUGUGUAUUUGUGUACAACCACACAUAUGUCAGAGGUGGAAAGAUCUACUUGAAGCAAGAUUAACAAAACAACAAGAUGAAUUAUCAAGCCAAUGUAUUUCCUCUUUAAGCCUUGAAGAGAUAAAUGGUACUAUUCUUAAACUAAAAUCUGUGACUAAAUCUUCAAAGAGAUUUUUGCCAUCUAUUGGUUCAUCUACUGUCCUUCUGAAAAAAGAUGAAGAUAUCAUGACCGCUCUGGAAAUUCUCUGUGAAAAUGAAUGCGAAGGUACACUCUUAGAAAAUGAUAAAAGCAAAUUUCAUGAAUUCAAAGCUUCAAAAGAGGAAGACUUCUAUCGAGGUGGUAAAGUAUCCUGGUGGAACUUCUACUUUUCUUCUGAAAACUAUUCUUCGCCUUUUGUCAAAAGGGAUAAGUAUGAAAAACUUGAAGAAAAGAUACACAAGUGUGUAGAUUCUUCAAAGUCAAUAUCUGUCAAAAUUAUUCAUCUGUAUCAUCAUCCAGGCUGUGGUGGGACUACCUUGGCAAUGCAUAUUCUCUGGGAACUAAGGAAGAAAUUCAGGUGUGCUGUGCUGAAGAACAAGACAGCGGAUUUUUCUGAAAUUGGAAAACAAGUGACUAAUUUAAUCACCUAUGGGACAGCAAGCCAUCAGGAGUACUUACCUGUGCUGCUUCUUGUUGAUGAUUUUGAGGAGCAAGGGGACAUCUAUCUUCUGCAGGCCUCCAUUCAAGCAGCCAUAGUUAAUAAGUGCAUUCGGUAUGAGAAACCUCUAGUGAUAAUCCUAAAUUGUGUAAGAUCGCAGAACCCUGAAAAAUGUCCAAAGGUGUCAGACAAUAUCGCCUUAAUACAACAACUGUCUUCCAAAGAGCAGAGAGCGUUUGAGCUUAAACUGAAAGAAAUUGAAGAGCAACAUAAAAACUUUAAAGAUUUUUAUUCCUUCAUGAUCAUGAAAACCAAUUUUGAUAAGAAGUACAUAGAAAAUGUGGUCAGGAAUAUCCUGAAAGGACAAAAUAUGUCCACCAAGGAAGCAGAGCUCUUUUCUUUCCUGGCUCUUCUUAAUUCAUAUGUGCCUGAUACCACCAUUUCACUUUCACAGUGUGAAAAGUUUUUAGGGAUUACACACAAGAAGGCUUACUGGGGAACAGAAAAACUUGAAGACAAGAUGGGCACCUACUCUACGAUUCUGAUAAAAACAGAGGUGGUGGAAUGUAAAAAAUACUGUGGGCUGCGCAUCAUUCAUCCUUUGAUUGCCAUUCGCUCCCUGGAAGAACUGAAGAUAAGCUAUGAUUUGGAUAAAAGUCAAAUUAUGCUGGAUAUGCUAACAGAAAAUGUGCUCUACGAUACUGAUAUGGGAAGAAGCAAAUUUUUCCGAGAUAUGCAAACACUGCUGCUCACGAGACAGCGCAAUGAGCAUGAAGGUGAAAUGGGAACUUGGUUCUCCCCAUUCAUUGAAGCGUUACAUAAAGACGAAGGGAACACAGCAGUCGAAAAAGUAUUGCUGGAAGGUAUUCAUCGGUUCCACCCAAACGCAUUCAUUUGCCAAGCCUUGGCAAGACAUUUCUACAUUAAAGAGAGGAACUUUACCAGUGCCCUUCAUUGGGCAAAUGAAGCAAAAAAGAUAGAACCUAGCAAUUCUUAUGUCUCAGAUACGCUGGGUCAAGUCUACAAAAGUAAAAUAAGAUGGUGGCUAGAGAAUAAUGAAAGAAAAAGGAACGUUUCCGUUGCUGAUCUAAACGAACUUUUGGAUUUGGUGGUACACGCCUCGAACGCGUUCAAGGAAUCUCAGCAGCAAAGCGAAGACAGAGAGAGUGAGGCAGCAGAAAGGUUUUAUCAGAAGUCAAAGAGGCGAUAUGAUACGUACAACAUUGCUGGUUAUCAUGGGGAGAUAGAAGUCGGGCUCUAUGCAAUCCAGAUUCUCCAGCUCAUUCCUUUUUUUGACAAUAAAAAUAAACUAUCUAAAAGAGACAUGAUCAAUUUUAUAUCAGGAGUUAGUGAUAUUCCUGGAGAUCCAAACAAUGAAUUUAAAUUAGUCCUCAAGAACUUUAUUCCCUACCUAACUAAUUUACGGUAUUCUUUGAAAAAGUGCUUUGAUUUUUUUGACGAUUAUUUUGUCCUUCUAAAACCCAGGAACAACGUUAAGCAAUAUGAACAGUCCAAAACUUGGGGAAAGGUGGCUGGAUGUUUUAAGAAGUAUGCAGAUAUAUUUGGUCCCUUAGAGGAAUUACAAAACAGAGAUCUCACAUCAAAGCUUAGUAUUCCACUUCAAGCAGAGCUGUGUCGGAGAAGCCUGGAAGUUUUCAAAGCAGACAAGUUUUCUGGGCUCUUGGAAUACCUUAUCAAAAGUCAAGGAGAUGCUAUUAACACCAUGGAAGACAUAGUGAAAAACUACACUUUUCUCUUUGAACAAUCCAGUGUCAGAAUCCAGCCAAAGGAAAAACAAAAUUUCAUCUUGGCCAAUAUCAUUCUCUACUGUAUUAAACCUACUUCCAAAAUUGUGAAGCCAACUAAAACACUGAAAGAUCAGCUUCGAGAACUCUUACAACAAAUAGGACUGAAUUAUCGAUAUUCAGAACCUUAUUUCUUAGCUUCCCUCUUAUUCUGGCCAGAAAACCAAAAUCUAGAUCAAGAUUCUAAACAAAUGGAAAAGUAUGCUCGCUCACUGCAAAAUUCUUUCAGGGGACAAUAUAAACAUAUGUAUCGUACGAAGCAACCAAUUGCAUAUUUCUUUCUUGGGAAAGGUAAGAAUAUGAACAGACUUGUCCACAAAGGGAAAAUUGAUGAAUGCUGUGGAAAGACGCCUGAUACUAACUUCUGGCAGAGUGGGGAGGUAUGGAAGGAGCAAAAAGUCCAAGAACUUCUGCUUCGUUUAAAGGGGCGAGCUGAAAAUAAUUGUUUAUGCAUAGAAUAUGGAACCAAUGAAAAAAUCACAAUACCCAUCACACCUACUUUCUGGGGUGAACUAAGAAGUGGUAGAAGCAUAGAAAAAGUGUCUUUUUACCUGGGAUUUUCCAUUGGAGGCCCACUUGCUUAUGACAUUGAGAUUAUUUAAGAGCCUGAUCUUCUCCCUCCAGGAAUGUGGUCUCAGUACCACCUUUUU